AUGGAGCCAGCCGAGAAGCCGAAGCAGAAUAUCAGCGACGACAUACCAGAUUCUGUAAUAUUCCCCCGCGUAUCAGAUGAUUUACUAUCCAGCUUGCAUCUUACUCGCGAGGAUCUAAAGCUCUCUCUAGAGGACCGGAUGAAGAAGAUUGUGAGGGGUUUUAAGGAAGAAAUGGAUGAAGACGAUUCUAUCGAUGAAAUCGAUGAACCAGAAUACAGUCCUGAAGACACUUUACCAAAGGGAUAUGAUUGGGCUUCUUUCUGUUAUGGGACUGGAGACAAAGAUUUUAUUGUUAAGAUGGACUGCUUCAUCUGUGGCGUGGGUCUAGAUCACUGGCCUGUUGACUGCCCAAAAAAAAAAGAAAAGGUAAUGACGAGUGAGUUCAAGAGGAAUUUCAAUACAUGUGUCAAGUGUUAUAACUGUCCACCCUGCUUAUCCAUCUACUUAUCCAUCCAUGAUGUUAUUUAUCUUAUGAUCUACCAAGUCUGGAUGUUGUCAGCAUCUAUACAGUAA